AUGCUCAGCAGAGUCGCUCGCACAGCCUCCAACUCUACAAGACUCACAGCUUACCAUCCAGCAGGCAACAUUCACAGACGAGCCUGGCUAUUGGCCGCCUCAGCACCUAUCGCGAUCUACGCAAGUCAACGCUACUUCUUCAACCUGGGUUCCUCACAAUCCACUAGCUCGAGCAAGAUGGCUCCCACCGAUUUUCCAAAGGGCCGCACAGACGAGGAGUGGCGUACUGUCCUCUCGCCGGAGCAGUUCAGGAUCUUGAGGAAGAAGGGAACCGAGAUGGCAGGAACGUCGGAUCUCAACGAUCAUCAGCCUACUUCGGGUACCUACAACUGCGCCGCAUGCGAUUCACCUCUGUACACUGCCAACCAGAAGUUUGCGUCCCAUUGCGGAUGGCCAGCCUUCUUCGAUACCGUUCCAGGUGCAGUCACUCGUCACGAGGACCGAACUUUCGGCAUGCUGCGUACAGAGAUUACCUGUUCCCAAUGCGGAGGCCAUCUCGGCCACGUGUUCAAGGGCGAAGGCUACGAAGCUGCCAAAUCGACCGAUGAGCGUCACUGUGUCAACGGCAUCUCGCUCAAGUUUUCAGAGGACAAGUAA